CCAAAGCCGGUCUACGGAUACUACAUUAGAAAUUCUUUGAUCAUGCCUUUGCCAUCCUAGGAAAUGCAAAUUUGCAUACAGUUCAGCGAGCUACAGUUGCCAUAGAAACGGAGCAUAGCCUGUAAAGGCUCACAUUUUGUGGCUGAUAAAAAUAUUGGGACAUUAAUUAAUCAGUUUGUCAAAAAUGGAGGAACGCUAUGCCUUUCUUACUGAGUGGUAUGACCCUACUGCAGCUCUCCUGCGGCGCUACCAACUGUUCUACUACCCCAAAGAUAGCUCAGUGGAAAUGUUUGAUGUAAAAAACCAGCGGAUAUUUUUGAGAAGGACCAAAUAUGAGGACCUCCAUCAAGAGGACCUGUUCGUUGGGAAUCGAGUGAAUGUCUUCUCACGACAGCUUAAUCUGAUUGAAUACGGAGAUCAGUACACAGCAAACAAACUUGGCAGCAAAAAAGAAAGAACUCUUGCUGUGAUAAAGCCAGAUGUAAUCACCAAGAUCGGAGAUGUCCUUGAGUUGAUAUACUCCUCCAACCUGAUCGUGACCAAAGCCAAAAUGGUAACACUUACAUGGAAGCAAGCAGCAGACUUUUACGUGGAACAUCAGUCAAAGCCUUUCUUCAAUAACCUGGUGCAGUUUGUGUCCUCGGGCCCUGUGGUUGCCAUGGAGCUGAUGGGUGAUGAGGCCAUGUCUACCUGGAGGAGGCUCCUGGGACCUGCAGACUCUGCUGUGGCGCGGAAGGAGGCACCGCAGAGUAUCCGUGCCCAGUUUGGAACAGAUGGCAUAAAAAACGUUGGUCAUGGCUCCGACUCAUUUGCUGCAGCAGCAAGAGAGCUUGAAUUUUUUUUCCCAUCCACAAUUGGCCACGGUCCCUCUAAUACAGCCAUCUUAACAGACUGCACAUGCUGCAUCAUCAAACCUCAUGCCAUAUCAGAAGGUCUGACUGGAAAGAUCCUGAACUCCAUAUCUGCAGCUGGAUUUGAAAUCUCAGCCCUUCAGAUGUUCAAUGUGGACCGGGCCAAUGCAGAAGAAUUCUAUGAAGUGUACAAAGGUGUUGUCGCAGAGUAUCCUAGUAUGGUGACUGAGCUGUGUUCUGGACCCUGCAUGGUCCUAGAGAUCCAUGGCACCGACGUACCGCAGUCAUUCAGGGAACUCUGUGGGCCUGUCGAUCCUGAAAUUUCACGGCAUCUUCGGCCAACCACAUUACGUGCUCUUUAUGGCAAAGACAAAGUGAAAAACGCAGUCCACUGUACAGACAUGCCUGAAGACGGUGUCCUGGAGGUGCAAUAUUUCUUCAAGAUUUUGGACUGGUGAAUGGAACAAGAAAACAUGUAACUACAUAUUCAAAGACUUCACAGUUGUCUCAUGUUUCGGUUUAUUGUUUCAGCCUUAUUCAGAUUAAAUAAAGUGACAAGAGCAGA